CUUAAUUCGUACCUAGCGCGUGCUAUUACAGUGAGAUAAUGCUAUCGAUCGAAAAAACAAUAUGGCGACCAUGAUAAAGAUUUAAGAAAUGUCAAAUUCAAAAUAGAAGCUAUUGCCUAAUAUACAAUACAAUGUAUACGAAGAGUUUAAUGUAUAUAAGCAUGAUGUAGUGUACAUCGAAAGUUAAAAAAUAAUUAAACGUAAUCUGAAUAUCCUAAGUAAAUUUGAUAACCUAAUUCGAAUUAACAUCAUGAAUUGUAAAAAUUCCACAUUUAUUGUUUGUAGUAAAGGAAUCAAUUAAAAAUUUAUUACUAAAUGACUAAGCAGGGAACAGCUCAGAUGUCACUCGAUGAUGACUUUGACAGACCAUUUGAAGAUGUUGAGCCUUUACAAUGGGGAGCAUUACGGGAACUAUGUCAUGCUAAUUCGGAGUACUUUGUGUCGCAUCAAGAUGAGAACAGUAUUAGAAUUAGAGCUGCGCUUAUGGCUAUAUUAGAUCAUUUGGUACAAUUACAACCAUUAUACAAAGAAAUUAGUAGAAUUGCACCAAUGUUUGAUCUUGAUGCGGAAACACCUGGUAAUGGAUAUAGAAGUUUUCUAGUGUUAAUAGACAAAUGUAUUAUUCACUCUCGUUCUGUCUGUCAUCAAAUAUAUUGCCAGAAGGACUCUUUAUUUUUUCGUAAAAGUUACUAUAUGAGAGAAAUUGAGGCUUGCUCACAGCUGUUGGCAUCUUUGUGCACUUGCUUAGAACAUUUACAAACUCUUUAUUCUUGGAGUGAACAUUUAAGUGAUGGAAAACCAUCUCUCUUUAUAGGAGAUAGUCAUAAUCCACAUGAAAUUUUAAGUAAAGUAGAUAGUAUUAAUCAGUAUUGUUUUUAUGGCAGGUGCUUGGGAUUCCAGUUUUAUGACAACUUAAAGCCCAUAUUAAAAACUAUAAUGGUUUGUAUGGCAACAUUCAGCGAAGCUUUUUAUUCUAAUGGUACAUUAUUAGCAAGAUGUGCUAAUUCUGUCAAGUACAUGUUAGAUCCUGAAAUAAGGGCACGUCGUAUUGUUGAUGUGUCUCAACGUGCUGAUAUCUCAUUUUGUCAAGCAUUUUGGUUUCUCAAUGAGGCUGAUCUUACACGUAGGUUGCCUGCUAUAACAGCUCCUUCUCUGGCAAUAAAUCAAAUAAUUUCUAUACCACCCGAAGAAUUGACACUUCCUACAUUAAGUGGAUCAACUGUCUCAAUUCCAAUACCAAACAGUCAUAUUGGAAAGAAGCCAAUACAUGUUAGGCUGUUUAGUUCUAAACGUCGUUUAGGAAUGGUUGGUUCAGGUGGAGUAGGGGGAGAACUGCAUGGACUGUCCAACGAAUUAAUAAUUCAUUGUCAUGGUGGAGGUUUUGUAGCACAGACUUCGCUAUCUCAUGAAACAUACUUACGUAGUUGGGCAAUAAAUCUCGGUAUACCUAUUUUAAGUAUAGAUUACAGUUUAGCACCUGAAGCUCCGUUCCCUCGUGCACUCGAGGAAGUGCUAUAUGCAUAUGCAUGGGCAUUAAAUCAUGCAAGUACAUUGCUUGGAAGUACAGCUCAAAAAAUACUUUUCGCUGGUGAUUCUGCUGGGGCCAAUUUAAAUUUGGGAGUUACCUUAAAAUGUUUACAGUUAAAUAUCAGAAAACCUGAUGGAAUAUUUAUGGCAUACACACCAGUACUUGUUGACUUUGUGCUAUCACCUUCACGAUUACUUUGCCUUACAGACCCAUUAUUACCUAUGGGAUUUCUUCUACGUUGCUUAAAAGCAUAUGCAGCUGACUGUUUUAAGUCAGAAUCAGAAUCUUUUGCUGAAGUGAGUGAAAGCGAUCUAAUAGCGUUAGCUCUCAGUCCCAAUGGAGAUGAAACAAAUGAUGCACAUAAGUUAGCAUCCUUACCAUCUGAUUCUACUUUGAAUUCUGUUACUUUAACAGAAGUUGACGGAACAGAACAUCUACAGGAAGAAGCAAGAUCUCAAGAAUAUGUCAAUAAAUUUUUUGGACUGUAUCGAAAUUGUGGUACAAAUGCUUCAACACAUAUUGGAAAUGGCACUAUUAGCACAGAAAACAAUAUUUCAAAGAAUGAUAAAUCAUGGUCUUUUUUUGGAUGGUCUCUUAGUGGAAGACAUAAAGAAUCGAAAGAACUGGAUAUAGAAAAUGCGAAAAGUAGUAUGGAGGAAUUUAUAUUUACAGUACCCAGAGAUCCAUAUUUAAGUCCUUAUCUUGCAGCAGAUCAUCUUUUAGCACAAUUACCACCCGUUAAAAUGCUGACAUUAGAGUUAGAUCCAUGCCUGGAUGACUCUGUCAUGUUCGCAAGAAAACUUCGAUCGCUUGGUGUAUUAAUCACGCUUGACAUAUUGCCAGGUUUACCUCAUGGCUUUCUUAACUUAACACCAGUUUCAAAAGAGGCAUCUGAAGGGUCAGAUUUAUGUGUGAAAAGAUUGCAAGAACUGCUAACACUAUAAUUAUAUGGAUAUGAAAAAUACUCAUUAAUAUAUGAAUGUUAAUAUGCGGGAACAAAAGUUUCUUUGCUAUUAUUGUUUUUCAGAUGCCAAUUUUAAUUGAUUUUUUAUGUACAAAGACACAAUAAUUUGCAAUAUGCCAAAAGCUUUAUCCACUGGUGCAUAAAUGUCAUAAGUGUGUUUCUAUCUACAUAUUUUAUAUUAUAUAUUUAUAUUUUAUUAAUGAUAA